ACGCGCAAAGGAAAAAAGAAAGAAAAAGUAAAACGAAGGGGAGGAGUCGGCCGGCGGCCAUGGAGGGCGGAGGAGGAGGAGGGGAGGAGAUGAUGAUGACGUCGGGGGCGACGGGGCGGAUCGUGCCGGUGUUCCGCUCCGUGCUGUCGCGGCGGGCGCUGCUCCGCCUCGCCGUCGCGCUGCACUCGCUGCUCCUGUGGGUGUUCCUCCUCGUCGGCGGCGGCGGCUGGCGGCGGAGGCGGGGCGAUGCGGGGGAGGGGGCGGAGGCGGGGAGGGCGGUGAGGACGCGGAGGAGGGCGGCGGAGAAGGAGGACGUGCGGCGGAGGAGGGCGCUCGCGGAGGAGGUGGCCAUGGUGGAGGACGCGGACGGGGAGGGGGCGAGGCGGUGGGAGACGUUCGUCGUCCCCGGGGCGAGGAGGAACGCGCUCUUCUGCCGCGUCUGGGCGCCCGCCGCCGCCGCCGCCGAGAUGAGGGGUAUUUUGGUCAUCAUACAUGGGCUUAAUGAGCACAGUGGAAGGUAUUUGCACUUUGCGGAGCUGCUCACAUCAUGUGGCUUUGGAGUAUAUGCAAUGGACUGGAUAGGCCAUGGUGGAAGCGAUGGUCUACAUGGUUAUGUGCCUUCACUAGAUUAUGUUGUAGAAGAUAUAGAUGUACUUCUUGGUAAAAUUGUGCUUGAGAAUCCAGGGGUCCCCUGUUUUCUUCUUGGUCACUCCACUGGUGGAGCUGUUGUUUUGAAGGCAUCAUUGUUCCCUCGUAUCAGAGCAAAACUGGAAGGCAUCAUCCUAACUUCACCAGCUCUGCGUGUAAAACCUGCUCAUCCCAUUGUAGGGGCUGUGGCGCCAAUAUUCUCUCUGUUAGCACCAAAGUUUCAGUUCAAGGGAGCUAACAAGAGAGGCAUCCCGGUGUCCCGCGACCCGGCUGCCCUGCUAGCGAAGUACUCCGAUCCGCUGGUUUACACCGGGCCGAUCAGAGUUCGGACCGGCCAUGAAAUCCUACGCAUCUCCUCCUACCUGCUGCACAACUUGAAGAAGGUCACCGUCCCAUUCAUGGUCCUCCAUGGAACCGCAGACCGGGUGACCGACCCCCUGGCUUCACAGGACCUCUACAACGAGGCCUCAUCGAGGCACAAGGAUCUGAGGCUGUACGAUGGGUUCUUGCACGAUCUGCUCUUUGAGCCUGAGCGUGAUGAGAUCGCCACAGACAUCAUCGACUGGAUGGAGCGAAUGCUAGCUCUGCAAACCGUGUGAAGGAGAGCAGUUUGCCUGAAAAAGGAGAAAAGAAAAAUUGUAUGAUAAGUUAGGAAAAUGGCCGUGUAUGUCAUUGAUCUCAUUCUUGAUGGAAUUAUCUGAAAGUGAUCUACAAGCUUCAAGUGGUGAUUUUGGUUGAUUGUUUCAUGUAGGACUGGGUCGAAAACUGAAAAAGGGUUUGUGAUCUGUAAUUAUAUAUAUACACCCGCAAUAAUAGAAUUAAGAUUUUUAAGGAAACCCCUGCCGCUGAAUUGGACAUUUUCAAUCAGUUUUGUAUAAAAUCUAAUACUGGUAUUGGUGUGCUGCA